GAAAUCGAGAUUCUCAAUUUCGAGCACUAUGCCGAUUGUCAAGUUAUAAUUUGUUUGUAUUUUUAAAUUCCGAAACUUAAGUACCAGGUAAUUUUCGUAAUUUUUAUAAUCUGCUCUUAUGACAUAAAGCAAUGUCGUUGGAUAAUAGAUCGAUUUCAUCAAAUUCCUUUGUAUAUUGGUCUUCUCUGAUUUCUGGUGGAGUGGCUGGGUUAGUGGUAGACAUUGUUCUAUUCCCAAUUGAUACAAUCAAAACACGACUACAAAGCGAACGAGGCUUCGUUAGAUCCGGUGGAUUCCAAGGUCGAUGGGUAAGUCAGAGUCAGCAACCAUAUGUACACAUGGUUUCAGCUGCUGGAGCCGAAGUGGUUGCAUGUCUUAUUCGUGUACCUAUUGAAAUUGCCAAGCAACGGAGGCAAGCUCUGUCAAUGAAACACGGCGCUUCCUCAUUAGAAAUUUGGUACCACGCUGUGAAAUCAGAAGGAAUCCGUCGAGGGUUGUACCGAGGAUUUGGUACAACAAUUAUGCGUGAAGUGCCUUUUUCAUUUAUUCAGUUUCCGUUGUGGGAAUAUUUUAAGCUGAAUUGGAGCGCGGUUACAGGGACGUCUCUAACACCUCUUUCAGUUGCCGUUUGUGGAGCGAUUGCCGGCGGUAUAGCGGCCGGUUUAACCACGCCUUUAGAUGUUGCAAAAACGCGAAUUAUGCUUGCGGACGAACAUACUGCGAACAGGUCGAGUGUUUCAACCAUUUUACGUGGAAUUCUGCGAGAGCGAGGAAUUAAAGGAAUGUUUGCCGGGUUUGUGCCGCGUGUUUUAUGGAUCACUCUGGGAGGUGCCUUUUUUUUUGGGUUUUAUGACCUUACUUCAAGGUUACUAAAUUCGGAUGAAUCAAUUUAAACUGUCUAAUCAGUCUAAACUAUAUUUAGUAUGUAGGUUAAGCUAGUGAAAAUAGAAAUGAAUAUUCUACCCGAAAAAAACUAUCACAUAUGUAACAUUUGAAAGAUAUUUGUGAAUUUAUCAUUCAUAAUACUAGCACACUUAUUCAACAAACUUAACAAAAAAUGCAAGGCAAAUUGACACCUUGAUCUGAUCAAGCGUAUAACUCGUUAUUGCCUGAGUAAACUUUGCUACUAUUGAUGCCCUUUAAAUAAGGAUCAUCCAGCCGAAGUUUACCUUUUAGUAAAUGUUCUGUUUCCAAAUCGUCAUUAUCAUCGAGGUCAGACGAAUCGAAUGAAAAGCUGGGGACGUACGAGCGCUUGGUAAAAAUUUUAUCUUUUCUUCGUGCCAUUAAGUAAACCUAUAAUAUAAAAAAAAAUUUCAAAGUAGAUAUAAUUUUUUAUUUACCUUACACCAACACGAAAGCUUACCAUCACCGAGAGUAACAUCACCGUAAUAAGCACUGCCAGUGGAAUGAACAAGAAAUUUAGGCUCUCCGAUUGUCCGGCGCCAGAUUCUUUGGCAUUAGAUGGGAUUGCCUCUUCUAAUAUGGGUUUUUGUGUGGAUUUUAGAACAGUUCCCAGCGAGAUAAUGGU